AUGAAACAGGACUCUGCUCCCCCACAGCCACAAGAGAAACGCCGGCCGCCGGACGUGGAUCUGUCGAAGCCUCGGUUCCACCUGGACCUCUGGCUCAGCUUCACCGUGCAGAACUGGAUCCUGGAUGUGGGCCGGCCUGUUGUCACGCUCGUCCUCCCGGCCGACUGGUUUCCUCUGAACCGACCCGGUGCAGCAGAAUAUCUCCACCUCCUGUACAACAUCACCGCUCCGCUCAUCCUGCUCAAAAUGCUCGGACGCAGCCCCAGGUCGCUGCCCUCCUCGGCCGUCCACCUCGGCAUCGUUGUCGUUGUCAUGGCGACCAGCUUCCAGCUGGUGGCGGACUCCGUCACCCGUCGGCUCAUGCUGAUUGGCUACCAGCUGCACCUGUCUGUCAGAGAGAAUCCAGUCAUGAAGAGCCUCAGGCCCUCCUCCCUGAUCGAUGCCUUUGAGCUUCUGUUUUACUUCGACGACGCUCUGGGUCACCUGAGGCACAUCCCUCUCUUCCUCACCCUCUUGUUCUUCUUCAGUGGUUGUUUCUGCCACAGGAAGCAGGAGGAGACGACGCCUCCAGCAGCUUGGAUGCUACUCGCUCCAAACGCCGCCUACUACUGGUACCUGAUCACCGAGGGUCAGACCUUCAUCCUCUUCAUCUUCACCUUCUUUGCAAUGACGGCCACAGUGAUGCACCAGAGGAGGCGGGGCCUGGUCCCCGACUGUAACGGCCUCUUCAUGCUCUACAGUUUCUGUGCAGCUCUGUGCCUGGUGGCCGUGUGGGUGUCCUGUCUGUGGAACGACGCCGUCCUGAGGAGGAAACACCCCGGGCUGAUCUACGUCCCGCAGCCUCGCUCCGUCUACACCCUCCACCUCCACCUCCACCUCCACCGACAAAACGAUCACACCGUUGGUGAGUCAGCGUGACGUUAACCUGACCACAUGCAGCUGGAACGAGACGCUCGAUCUCUUCUGCUCUCAUCAUGACUCUCAAAUGUGUUUGAGGGUGCAGUCACCUGGGGGUUUUAUACUGAGGUAGUCACACUGUAUCUUUGUCUGAUCUCCCCCAUAAAACUGGGGUGAAAUGAACAUGAAUUGUCUGGUUUGGUUUUUUGGUCUGAAUCCAUUUAUCCUGCACCUGCUGUUGUUACAUGUUCCCAUCUUCCUCUCCUCCUGUGUCUCUUUCUACUCUCAAUAAAGAUCAAAACACUUCCA